CCGGUGGCAUUUAUUGGUAAACCAUCGAUUUUUAACACUAGCCUUGGCUCUGUCUUCAUUACCGAAGAACCCUUUCAAAUCCCACUUGCUACUACUGAUUCUAGUCUCUCGUUAGGGUUUCUUACUUACAGUGAUACUGUAUAGUCAUCAUCGUAUCCGCUUUAUCUUCCGACAAAAAAUGCUUUGAGCUUUGUCUAAUUAACGUACCUCUUCUUUCAUGUAAGAGUAAAUGGACCGUGUUAGCAACCUACCAGACGAGGUUCUUUCUCAUAUACUCUCUUUGCUUACUACAAAGGAAGCUGCUUUGACUUCGAUUCUCUCCAAGAGGUGGCGCAACCUUCUCGCGUUUGUCCCUUCUCUUACUAUUGAUGACUCUGUGUUUCUGCAUCCUGAAGAGGGUAAGCAGGACAGGGUAGAAGUUAAACAGAGCUUCAUGGACUUUGUUGAUAGAGUUUUGGCCCUGCAGGGUAACUCUCCACUAAACAAAUUCUCCCUCAAGUGUGUUACUGUGGUUGAUACGGAUCGUGUGGAUGGUUGGGUAAGCAAUGCGUUAGCUCGUGGUGGUGUUUCAGAUCUCGAUCUACAGAUCAUUAUUCCUAGUGACAUAGGGGAAUUUUAUAAGCUGUCUCCAAAAUGCUUCGAGUGUAACACACUAGUUAGUCUGAAAAUACACCGUGGGAUUGAUAUUUCCUUGGUUGCUGGUCGCAUUCUCUUACCGUUGCUUAAAACUCUGGUUCUUGACUCAGUUCCCGUUUGUCCUAACGAGUUUGAGAUUCUGCUUCAAGCUCUACCUUCCCUUGAGGAAUUGGUUCUUGUUUAUGUAAUGUGGAAAGGUAGGGAUGUCAUAGUGUCAAGUGCAAGCGUCAAGACCCUAAUAGUAAACUUAGGCUUUUGGUUAAACACUUUAUCAUUUGAUACACCGAGUCUUGUUCACUUUGGCUACUCUGGUUCUGCUGCAUGGGACUAUCCAGUAGUUAAUAUGGGAAACUUGGUUGAUACUCAAAUCGACUUCUACUUAAGUCAACUCCAUAUCAAGCUACUUGGAGCACCAGGUAAUGACGAAGAUGCGCUUCCUUAUAGCAAUGCGUGGAAACUCUUUCAUGGCAUACGAAAUGUUUCCCAUCUUAGCUUGUUUCCUGAUGCUCUUGAGGUGCUUUCUAUGUGCUCUGAAUCGUUGCCAGUGUUCAACAACCUUAAUUCAUUAGCUAUUAGGAGUGACAAGGAUCGACGAUGGCAAGCAAUGCCAGCUCUUCUUAGGAACUGUCCACAUUUAGAAACUCUAGUCAUUCAGGGUCUCGUGCACCAUGUGACAGACAAGUGUGGGGAUGUUUGUGACUGCAUUUCUCGGGAGGACAAAGGACUUUCACUCAAAGUCUGUCCAGUAAAAGUCAUGGAGAUUUACGGGUUUCGAGGAACAAUGAAAGAGAUGGCAAUGAUAAAGCAUUUCUUGGACUAUUUUCCAUGUUUGAAGGAGAUGGAGGUCUAUGCUGAAGAGAAUAAUAAUCCUACACAGCUAGGAGGAAACCAACGUGUCUUGGAGAUGUUCAAACUCUACAACAAGUUAUCGAGUUGCAAUGUCCAGCUCUUCAUAUGAAGUGGCUGAAGAACAAAGCCAUCUCAAAAGACUUUUUUCUUCUUGCUUGUUUUAUGAAUCAUUUAGACAUUUACUAUCGAUGGCUUGUUUUCAUUUGAUUUUCUGACAAAUGUUUGUUCUGAGUUCGUUUUUGUUGUCGUCUAUACUUUACUAAGUAAUUGUUUUUUUUUUUUUUGAGAAGAGAGUGACAAAGGUUAGCUAUCAUCACAACAAGUAAGCCAUCUAUCUUAGCCCGAAAGUCUACGGUUCGUUGAUCAUGUAAAGUUCACAUACAGAUUAAAGAACACUUGUCUUAAGAACAUAUUCAUGUAUACUACAUAAAAUUCAGGCAAAGAAAUGAGAACCUUAACCCAACUGAUUUAUAAACCAAAUCAAGUUACUUAUGGUUCGAGUUGAUAGUUUGAUACAUGUUCAUUAUGUAUAAUUCACAUAAAGAACACUUUGACUUAAAGAACGUAAUCAUGUAUAUUUUACCAAAACAAAAAAACGUAAUCAUGUAUACUACUUAAAAGUAAACUAGUCAAGCAUCCUAAUUUUUCUUUAUGGUUUUGCGUACAACCAGCGAUUGUAGCCUACAGUAAUUUAGUUCCCACCAGUGUGGAUGUUCGGGUUGGGUCUAUUAGGAUUUUAAGACUAGAGUUUUAAAUUUCAUUCGGAUAUUUGUAAAUUUUGAUUUAGAUCAUUUUAGGUUUGGUUGGGUUUCCUCACCUAGUUAAAUUAUGUUAAAAAAAUAUAAAUUUUUUAAAUAAUCUUAAAAUUUUAAAAAUCCAACAAAGUACAGUAUACCCUCUUUAAAUUAAUAUUCUAUAAAUUAAUAUACACUAAAAAUAUCUAUAAAAUAAUAUAAUUUUAUAGUCCCAAAUUGAACUUUUGUUUCAAUUAGCAUAUUGAUAAAUUAAUAUCUCUACAAAUUAAUAAAAAAUUAUAGUUUUGGUAUAGUCCUAACAUUAUUAAUUUAUAGAGGUUUCACUGUAUUAUACAAUAUAGAAAUUACCAUAGUGUAAGAUUAAAUACAUAAAAUUAACAUAAAAAUUAAUUUGAUUUAGAUAUAUACAUAGAAAACAAAUAGGUAUUUCAGAUAUUCUCGGUGUUUUGAGGAUUUUGGUUAUUUUGAAAUACUUACUUGUGACUAUUUUUAUGUAACUUUUAGAUAUUUAUGUAUUUUAAAUAUUUUAUAAAUAUUAAAUUUAAAAUAAUUAAUAUAGUUAAGUAUAAAAUUGGGACAUGAAUAUGUUUGGAUACUAUAAAUAUUUUUUGUAUUCAAAUUUUAGAUUCAUUUAGAUAUUUAAUCAGUUUUGCUUUUACUUCGGUACCAUUUUUUGGAUGAGAUUCAAUUUUGUUCUUCAAAUUUAGAAGAAAACUAAAACUCUUACGAAGAACAUUUAUAGAAGAAAACCGUGGAUUUAAAAUGGAAGAUAAACUUUCUUUCUUAUUAAAAUCAAAGUACAAAUAAGAAAUACCUCUACAACUUAUUUAAAAAGCAAUGUCACUGAAAAAAUUUAAGAAGCCAAUUUUAAGUAAUUUUUGUUUUUUCCUAAUUUAAUAAAUAAUAUCUUAUGUUGUGUUUAAACUAAAAAAAUCACAUAAUUAUACUUUAAUGCCACAGAAAAACUACUUAAUUCUAACUUUAGCAUUUAUUAUCUUUCUAUCAAAUUAAACAA